UUUGGGGCGUUGCUGGAAUCAGCCGAAGUGGGCGCUGUAGAUUUUCGUCAUGGGACCCAGGAGGCGCACUGCCUAAUUUCUCUAGCUUCUCGAUGAUUAAGAUGGCGGCGGCCUGGGCUGCGGCUGAGGCGCGGAGCCAGAGCUUGUGACUGUGGGAUUGCUAAGCCGCAGCCCGGCUGUGACUCGGAACUGUAUUAUCUUGGGCGAGUCGGAAAGGAGGAAAUAUUUUCUGGCUUGGGGGAACCGGACGUAAACCUGUUAGCAACGAGAGGGAUGUGACCGGCCUGCCUUGGGCCAUCCCGGUGGGGGCGGCUGCAGUGGUGGGGAGGCAGCUUACUAAAGGCCGGGGAUGGGCCAGCAGGUAGGCCGCGUCGGAGGUGAAGCACCUAGUGCUCAACAGCCGCACAGAGGAGCCAGAGGCAGCGGAACCAAGCCAAGCGCACAUGUGGGAAACAUAGCAGCAACCAGCAGCCGGAGAAGGGAAGCGACAGGCAGAACCAACCCAGAGACUGGAUUUAACAUUUUUACACAGCACGAAGCACUACAUCGUCCUUAUGGCAGUGACUCUGAACCACAGGCUCUUACUGAUGCUAUCCGCUGGAGUUCCAAGGAGAAUCUUUUGGGAGCCACAGAAAGUGAUCCCAAUCUCUUUCUUGCCCUUUAUGAUUUUGUUGCCAGUGGCGACAACACACUAAGCAUCACCAAAGGGGAAAAGCUCCGUGUCCUGUGCUACAACCAGAAUGGGGAAUGGUGUGAAGUACUGUCUAAGAAUGGGCAGGGUUGGGUGCCAAGCAAUUACAUAACUCCUGUCAACAGCCUGGAAAAACACUCAUGGUAUCAUGGACCCGUGUCUCGGAGUGCUGCAGAGUACCUGCUCAGCAGCCUUAUUAAUGGUAGUUUUCUGGUGCGUGAAAGUGAGAGUAGUCCUGGUCAGCUCUCCAUAUCGCUACGCUAUGAGGGCCGUGUUUAUCACUACCGCAUUAACACAGCUUCCGAUGGGAAGGUGUAUGUCACAGCAGAGAGUCGAUUCAACACUUUAGCUGAACUAGUUCACCAUCAUUCUACUGUGGCUGAUGGCCUUGUUACUAUUCUUCACUACCCGGCACCGAAAUGUAACAAGCCCACAGUUUAUGGAGUGUCCCCUAUCCAUGAUAAAUGGGAAAUGGAACGUACUGAUAUCACUAUGAAGCACAAGUUAGGUGGAGGCCAGUAUGGCGAAGUGUAUGUUGGUGUCUGGAAAAAAUACAACCUUACAGUAGCUGUCAAAACACUUAAGGAAGACACUAUGGAAGUGGAGGAGUUUCUGAAGGAAGCAGCAGUAAUGAAGGAAAUUAAACACCCCAACCUAGUGCAACUUCUGGGUGUUUGCACACUGGAGCCCCCAUUUUACAUAGUAACUGAAUACAUGCACUAUGGGAACCUUCUAGACUAUUUACGUGAAUGUAAUAGGGAAGAGGUGACUGCUGUUGUGCUACUUUACAUGGCCACUCAGAUCUCCUCUGCAAUGGAAUAUCUGGAAAGAAAGAAUUUUAUCCAUCGGGAUUUGGCUGCACGAAAUUGUCUUGUGGGGGAAAAUCAUGUGGUGAAAGUAGCGGACUUUGGACUGAGCCGCCUUAUGACUGGUGAUACGUAUACAGCACAUGCUGGUGCUAAAUUCCCAAUUAAAUGGACUGCUCCAGAAAGUUUGGCAUAUAAUACAUUCUCCAUAAAAUCAGAUGUUUGGGCGUUUGGGGUACUUCUAUGGGAAAUUGCAACCUAUGGAAUGUCACCCUAUCCUGGUAUAGACCUUUCUCAAGUGUAUGACUUGUUAGAGAAGGGAUAUCGCAUGGAACAGCCAGAAGGGUGUCCUCCCAAAGUGUACGAGCUCAUGAGAGCAUGCUGGCAGUGGAAUCCAUCAGACAGGCCAUCUUUUUCAGAGACUCAUCAAGCUUUUGAGACCAUGUUUCAUGAUUCAAAUAUUAAUGAGGAGGUAGCAGAAGAGCUAGGACGCACAGCUGUUACUUCAUCAUCAGUUUCAUAUCAAUGCCGGCUCCCCAUGCUGCCCUCAAAAUCUCGCACCUUAAAGAAAAAGGCAGAGAACAAGGAGAACAUUGAAGGCACAGGGGAUUCCUCAGACAACUCUACUUCCAGUUCUACACCAGGAUUGCUUCACGGUUCUCCUGUAGCCAGUGGCUCUCCUGCACUUCCACGCAAACAGAGGGAUAAAUCCCCAAGCAGCCUUUUGGGGGACACCAAGGAAACAACCUUCACCCGUGACCGUAAAGGGGGAUUCUUCAGUUCUUUCAUGAAGAAAAAAAGUGCCCCACAGCCCCCAAAACGCAGCAGUUCAUUUCGAGAAAUGGAAAACCAACCUCAUAAAAGGCCAGAGCUGACAGGAGAACUCCCUUCAUUUCAACAGCUUGAUAGUUUAGACUCCCCUGCAUCCCCUGGUUCCCAUAAAUGCUAUGGUGGUGGAUCACAACGUAGUUUUCCACCAGAAGAUGUCAUAGGAGGAAUAGGAGGAGGCUGGACUGGAAUUUCUGGUUUUUUUACUCCACGUCUUAUCAAAAAGACUUUUGGACUGCGAACAGGAAAGUCAGGAAGCAGUGGGGAGGAACCCAAACCUUUUCCCCGGUCUAAUUCAACCUCUUCAAUGUCUCCUGCGGUUCCUGAACAAGACAGGCUGUCUAUGACUCUGCCCAGAAAUUGCCAUCGGACUAAGGUCCAAUUGGACCGUACCACCUCCAUUUCCUCACAGCCUGAAGAGAGCCAGCAUGACCUUCAAAGGAGUGGAUUAGAGAUUCAGCCAGUCAGGGACAGGGUAAAGCCCAAGAUGCUUCCACGAACUGGUGUUAGUGAGAGAAAUGGUGGUUUGCGAACUGGUGCAGAUGAGAAGUCAUCACCCAAUAAGCACACAGGAGGUGCAACUUCAGCCUUUUCUACAGCAGCCCACAACCACAAGGUGCCCGUUCUCAUUUCACCAUCACCAAGGAAUGCAUCUACUGAGGUGCAACUGGUUGGGAUGGACUCCCUGGGUCACACCUUCAAAUUGCUUCAGGAACACGUCCCACCAACUGGCUCUGAGAGGGAUAGGCCUUCUCAUCGCCGGCUUAAGCCAAAGUGUGCCCCACCACCUCCCCCAAACCUGCGCCUUCUUCAGCCUCCACAAGCUGAGGACACAGCCACUGCUGCACCUACACUACCUUGCUUGGAAAGGACGACUAAGCCUUCUAGGCCUAUGUUACCCCCUCCGCCUUCUGUUAACCAGACAGGAAAGCUCUCAAAUGGAGCAGCUGGGGUUGGAAGAAGUGUGCUGAGGAAGCCAAAGCAGCCAACGGAGAGGGUUCCUGCUGAAAAAAUAAGCAAAGAGGCUCUUCUUCAGUGUGCAGGGUUGCUAUCCGAUGCCCUCGCUUUACCCCAACCCAACAGUCAACUUGUAGAUACAGGACAUCAACUUCUGGACUAUUGUACAGGUUAUGUGGACUCUAUCUCCCAAACAAGAAAUAAAUUUGCCUUUCGUGAGGCUGUCAGUCGACUGGAGGUGAGCUUACAGGAACUGCAGGUGUCUUCAGCUGGUAGUGGGGGUGCCUCCACAGCUCCCCCUGGUGCAAAUCCUGUACUGAAUCACUUGUUAUCAUGUGUACAGGAAAUCAGUGACGUUGUGCAGAGGUAGCUACUGAUAUUUAUGCUGAAAAAUGUGGGAGGCAUUUCUAACUUCUAACCCAGCUUUAUAAAAUAGCAUCCUCCCACUAUGAAAUACACUGCUGUGUGUAGGCAGUGAGUAGUAACCUCAGCGCUGGGACUGGCCAGUAAAGGGGCUUUGGCCUCCCCAGCACUAUGGUUUUAACAUGUCAGUUCUGCUGGAAAAUACUGGCAGGCAAUGCAGCCCAGCAGUAAAUAUUUUAAGAGAAAUCGAUAUCCAGUAAAUAUUUUAUGUUUCUUCUCCAUAUCUUCCUAUCCCAUCUCAGGUUUUUUUGUUUUGUUUUUAGACAUAUAUGUAUAUUAUAUAUUUUAAAUUGGAGAUUUCUUUCCUCCCUACUGUUUGGGUCCAAAUAGGAUAUUGGCUAAGUUGGAAUGUUCUUUAUUUGAUAAGCAUUUCUGUGUCUAGAUAGUGCCAGGAAUGAGUGGUGGUUAGGUCUAGUGUCAUUUAAAGUAAGAAAAACUGAAAGCAAAAAGAGAGUAUCACUGUAUGGGAAGUGUUGGAAGGAAAACUGCCUUUGGGGCAUAUAUAUUAUAGUGAGUAAGCCAACAUCACUGGUGAUGUUGCCCAUAGCCACCUGUCAGAUCUUUGCUUUUGUUUUCUAACUUGUAGGUGACAGUUUAAAUCUAAUUGCUGAUUGGUUGCUAAGAGCAAUAUCACCAGUGAAGUUGGCUUUCAUACUAUAAUAAAUAUGCUCUUUUGUGUCUAUACCUCAUUUAGCUUCUUUGCUGCUAAAGGGGCCUGGUGGCCAUAUCUUUUGCACCAUACUAAUAUGGGCCCCUUGAGGAACAGGCCUCUUUUGCAGUGGACAAUUCAUAAUACCCAUUAUGGCCUUUUUGUAGGCACAGAUCUUACAUGAAAAAGACUAAACUUUUUUUUUUCUAUAGUGCUUAUGUUGAUGGUUACUUUCCCUUUGCUAGUUCAUUCCAGCCAUUACACCCGGCAUCACUGUAGUCAAUCUGUGUUGCCCCUGUUUCAUUAUUAACAACAUUCCUGAACAAUUUUAUAAUUUAGCACAGGUCAUUGUUGAAAUCCAUGCAGUUUUAAACGGAGUUGGAAUGGACAUUUUCUCAGAAAGCAAUGCUCUCCUGUCUUUUCAGUAGCCAUGCUAUGGGAGACCUUGAGCAGCUGAAGUGUUACCCAAUAAUGUUGAGGAGCAGCUUGUAUUUUAUUGCCAUUCUUUUAUUUUAAGCAGCUUAAAUUGAAAGCCAAGCGCAAUGCUUGUGGGUAUAUUUUUCAGGAAUUUAGCCAUUUAAAAGUGCUCCAAUUUUAAGGAGCUGUAAAUUUUUUCCCCCUCUAGUUUAAUGGAAAUUAUACAUGGUUUAUCAGUACCUGAAAGGUAGAUCACCUUUCUCAGUAAAAGCAAUUGAGGUAGAAGUUUACCAUAUUAUUUUGCUUUUGCAUUAAUAUUGUCUGUUUUGAAUAGAAGCUGCUAUUGAGACCGUUUCAAAAACAUUGAUUCACUGAAUGUUUCUUUCCAUUGCAAAAACCCAGUCUUUUCCCCUUGGCACGAUGAUAGGUUUCCUGGGAGGUUUUCAGGAUAAGAGUAGGAUACUCAGGCUCUUUAAAUCAAUGUAUAAAAAGUAUUCUACAUUGGAAUGGUUAUAUUCGGCCGAUAUGUUGGUACAGUAUUAAAUUAAUUCAUAUUUUUGUUACAAUGGCCCGAAGUACUUGCACCUGGACUAUACUGGAAAAUAGGCAGAACUGGAGUUUUAAGCUGAAUAACUGGCAGCACUUGUACAUGCAAACACAUUUCCCUGCACAUCAAAACUAAAAAGGUGUGCGUGCUCUCCCGCCCAAUCAAGGGACCUCUCUAUGUUAACACUAUAGGUAGAGUUCUCCAGCACAUCUCAUCAUUUAUUUAUAUGGCAUCAGAAAGUUAAUCGUGCUUUACAUUAACUUUUAACUGACAGGGAUCUUAAAUAAUUUCACCAACAAGGGUUACAGAGUGAAAAACAGGAUCUUAUAGGUUAUACUUUCUUUAAUGGGCAGAAAUAUUAGCAUACAUGAAUAUCCAAAUGCUAACAGCCUGUAGUUAGGAGGUACCAAUCAUUCAGUCUGAACUUGUGGACUUCAGCCUAGCCCUGUAUAAUAUGAAAAAAAAAGUCUUGAGCAGUUAAGUACCACAUGGGUCAUGAUCUUCAUGUGACAUAAUAAGCACUUUUUUGGGGUCUGUUCUAGUUUCUACCUUAAAACUGUCUAUAUUCAAUAUACAGGCAGAGAGUUCCAGCAUGUGAAAUCAUUCUUCAUUUUUGACAGAUCUGCUGUUUCUCUGUAAUAAGGCAGUACCAACAUUUAUUUUUUUGUCAGAGCAAUCCUAUUAUGCUGUUAAUGUUUUAAUAUUACAGUUGCCUUAGGGCAAAGGCACACAAAGAGGUUUGUCUGCUUUCCUCUGCAGGUUCUUAGUGUAGCACCACACAGGCCAUCUUUGGGCCUGUCAAUGGAGCUACGGAGGUGUGUAUAUUGAGCAGAUCUGCUUUUCGCUGCCUCUAUAAAAAAAAAACACCUGUGGAGGAAAGCAGACAAUCCACUGUUUGCCCUUGCCCUAAGGGCUCCAUAUUUCAAAAAGACCCCUUCUUCUGUAAAACCACAGACCCAGGGUGUUCUGGAUAAUAGAUCCCAUAACUGUAUUGCUAUACAAAUGCCUUCAAUAGAACAUCAAGCAAACUGUACUCCGAUGUUCUCUUCUUCUAUAUUCCUGCUGAGCAGCAUCUGCAUGGCAUCCACUCUCACUAAAUCCAUGGCUUGCUUUAUGCUCUCGUGAAUAAGUGCUUAAUACCUGAGAAUGCACUUUUGCCUGCCGCUGUCAGUUGUACAGGGGGUGAAGGCAGUCGGUUUGGCAGGGCUUUAAUUGUUUCUUUGAAACUGCCGCUCUAAAGAGCAUUGCCCACUAUGUGACCUGUUACAUCAUAUUAAAGGGAGAAAAGGUCAUUCUUUACGAAAGUGUUUUUAUUUGUUUAACCAGUUGUAUUGAGACAAAACAAGGGAACAUUAAAUGCUGGACUUACCAUUUUUACUUUUGUUAUGGACUAAUUAGGUAAGAUAAAAAUGAGGGGAAGUUUGCAAUAGGUU